AUGGCCAAGAGGAAAAGAAUUGCUAAUCGUUUAAGUGAAAUAAUGAGACCUAAACGAUUCUUGAAAACCAAAGUAGUGUUUGAUCCAUCUGAUACUCAUAUACCGAAUAAGAAAGCUAAAUAUUCUGAUAAGAAUAAAAACAAUGAAAGAAAAAAAGAUACUGCUAAGUCAAAUGGUCUUCCAGUAAAUCCGGAAACUGAAUUUUUAGAUUGUUCAUCAACUGAAAUGAAUGCUAUAUCUCCAAUACAUUCACCAAUAAAUUCUGCAGUAACUCAGAAAGUAUCAAAAAAUUGUUGUUUGUGUUCAAAAAUGGUAAAAAAGAAAGAUUUAGUGGAUUGUCCAAUUUGUAAUAUCAGAGGUAGAAUAAUUGUAAUUCACAAAGCCUGUUUAAUAGUGAAUGCCCCUACGUGGAAGUUCAAAUUAAAUUCCAGUCCUUGGCUUUGUGAGAGAUGUAGAGAGCUAAGAUGCAGUAAAUGUCUCAAAGAAUGCCAUUCGGUAAGUUUAGUAAUGUAUUACUGCAUUUCUUGUGAAGUUGGUUUACAUCGAGAUUGUUAUGAAUCAUGUUCCAUUAAACCUAUGGAUAAAAUCGAUGACGAUACGUUUGUUUGUAUUCCUUGCUUGGAUUUGGCUACUCAAAUAAACAUCGAAGAACUUGAUACUGAUGUUGAUUUAUGUACCGCUAAUGUUGUGUCUUUUUCAUCUACCAAAGAUGAUAUCGAGUCUGAAAGUUAUAAAUCCGAUAAUUCAUUUGCUAUUGAAGAAGAUGAUAAUAAUAUCCCAAAUUCAUUGAAAUGGAGUACAAGUGAUGUAACUGAAUAUUUUGAAAAUAAAUUACCACAAGAAGUAAUUGAUAGACUCACUAAUUUAAAUAUUGAUGGUCGUGCAAUACAAUUACUUCAACGAUCUGAUAUUGUAUCAAAAAUGGAUUUGAAACUUGGUCAUGCAUUGAAAUUGUAUAAACAAGUGAGAAUUUUACAGGCACAAAGUACAUACAAUCACAUAUUUUGGGAAUAAUUAUUAUUAAAUUUUACAUCUAUUUAUCGUCUAGUGAUUUAAAAUUGUGUUCAUUCUUUUAUUUUUUAUUCUUAUAAGUAUAAUUGUAGUAAGUUUAAGACCCAUACUAUCAACAUUAUAUAAACUAAUUCAAUUUGUCAAUUUAUAUAAUAAUUUUAUUUAUAACAUUUUUUGUGUCUUCUAAUAAUGAAAUAAUUGUUUAGCUAAUCCUAUAUUAUAAAAAUAUGUAAUUGACAGUAUUGUAUUUUUGCUAUUAUUUUAGUAAUAAGUUACUUAAGUUAUAUUAUUAUUUAAAACCAUUUUUUGGUGAUGUAUAAUAUAUUAUUAUUAUAUAUAUAUACAAUACAUAAAUAAUUGUAUUCACGUAAUAUAAGGAUUUAUAUUAAGAAACAUGCUGAA